CGGCCGUAGACUUACCUACACUCGCGUCCCGGACGAGCAAUCGCCUCAUGCCGCCAUGUCGGAUUCCGGUACACCGAGACCUCCAGGGCCAGCGCCGGCCCGUGUCUCGCCCCCCGGCUCUGCCGGCUCCGGUGGGCGACCAGCGGCCUACCUGGCGCCGGCCGCGGCCAUCAUACGCUCCUCCUCCCAGGGCUCCUUGAAGGGCGAGGCGGCGGAUCCUUUGCAGCGAUCCAACAGCAGCGGCUCCCUUCGGCCCAGCUCCGCCAAGCGCCCCAGCAGCGGGCAGCUGCCCAGUCUCGAUCACGCCCCACCGCCUCCCUUCGCUACAGAGAAGAUAAAUAGAGGCAUCGAUCACCCUCCACCGCCCCCCUUCGCAACUGAGAAGGCAGCGAGAGGCGUGCCGGAUCAGCCGCCAGCCCCUGGCACGGUGAAGUGGGUGCCACACACCCACGCGAAUCCCAAGCAUGCUCGCUUCUGCUUCAUUUGCCUGCACGGCAAGCUGGAAGGGGAGAGGGAUGGCAUCGAUGAGGAGGUGAAGAGGCAGAAGGCGGAAGACCAAGAUUUGCCAUCGGCUAUGGAGAUGAAGGAGAUGGGCUAUCUCCUGCCCAGCCCUGCGGGGGUCUCCAGCGAGGGAGGCUUCCGGCGUGCAGGGGCAGACUACGAGCGAGAUAACCUCUCAGCCAUUUGGUUGCGGCAGGUCUCACAGAAGAUCUACGACGACUCCAUCAAGGCCAUGGUCACGGAGCAGAACACUGCGCUGUCCCUGGGGGUGGACGUAAAGCUGGUGGCGCACCAGGAGGACGAGCAGGACCGCCAGGCGCUGGUGAGGCUCUUCCGACUCUCGGAGGAGCAGCAGCUCAAAGUCCAAGAGGAUGUGGAGAUGCUCGGCGAAUGGUGCACGCGCCACGAGGCCAAGCUUCUGGAUGUCUUGCCCCCUCCGAAGGAGCUGGGCGCACUUCCGGAGGUGGAGGGCCCCUCCAUGCGCCAGAAGCAGCUCUUAGAGUACCAAGCCCUGCUGGAUGUGUCCAAGCUGAAAGGUGACUCCGCGGAGGCCGUCAGCAGCAUCCUCGCAGCUUUGGAGAAGGGCAAGGGCGGCCCGCUCUUCAAGGCGGAGGAUUUGGCACGGCCGUUGACACAGCCGGACAUGGCGGAGGUGGACAUUGUGCCGUACCCCUUGCAGCUCGAGGACAUCCCGGGCUACCAGGAGAUGCAAGCAGCGAAACCCACGCGGCAGCCGGUGAAUGCGCUGCGGGAUCCCUUCCAGCGGCCCUUCCUCUACCUGGCCGACUUCCACGAGACCGUGAUGCCGUCCUUUGAAAGCACCUCGAGUUACGGGCAGUGCCGCCUGGCCGAUGCGGUGCCAGCAGAGAAGGAUUGGUUGAGCACCACCAUGAGCAUCUUUCAGGACAACAACGAUCCCGAGAAGGUGCAGGGCUGGGGCGUGGUGCCUCCGCGGAAGCGGGUCAUGCCCGUGCUCAUCGACGAGCCGUACCUGCCGCCCUACGACAUGGUGGGCUGCGCCGAGGGUGUGGGGAAGAAGAUCAUGCUGCGUGGUAUUUGGGAUGCCGAGCUUUUCAACCGCGACGGCAAGAUGGUGCCGCCGCUCAAAGAGCGCGGCAGAGGUCUUUACAUCCCGGUGCCGGUGGUGCAUCCAGAUCUGCCGGUCUGGUCAUCCUACCUUUCACCGCAGAAGAGUCGGGAGGAGAAGGUGACAUCGCUCAUCCCCACCAUCCCGGUGAGGUCCUACACGCGCUUCCGGCCCAAGAAGGUCCUCGCGGAUAUGCCGCCCUUCCUUUGGGAUCUGGUGCGCGAGGAUGCCGCAGGUCAAGGGCUGUGGGACGUGAUCCGGCAGCGCCAUGACAUCCCGCGCGAAGAGCAGGAGAUGAAGGAGGCGGAGCUGGCAAGACUCCAGAAGGAGAUCGACGAGGAGGAGGCCCAGUUCUUAGCCACCGCGCAGGCGGAGCAGGCGCAGCUGCGUGGCUUCAGCUCAAAGGAGAGCGGGUCCAGCGGCUCGCGACCAGCAUCGCAGCAGCUGUCACGGCCAACGUCGCAACAGCAGCAGGCGCCGCAGCAGGGAACUGUCGUGCCUGGAUCCCCAACAAGGGCUUCCCCGCGGCUGGUGGAGCACAGCGCCGGCCUGCCGCGCAUCGAGUUGUCUGCGCCGGACACUCCCAUGCCCAGCGGCUUGCCCGGAGGCAGCCAGCAGCCCAGCGCACGAUCCGAGGAGCACGGCACGCGCACGCUGGUGCCGUACGUGGCAGGGGAGAGCCGAAAGGUGGAGGAGCUCCUGGCAGACGACAGGUUCCUGGACUCGCUGGCGGGGAAGCUCGCGAACCGCCUCGGCGGCCUCGGCCAGGGCGGCAGCACCUUGCGGCCGGCCAGUACCAUGGGAGGCCAGACCUUGAAGCGGCCGGAGCCGCCCCAGUUCACGGAGCCGGUAGACGGCACCAAGGCGGCUCUGCCACGGGCCUUGCAAGCCGGGGGCGGCAUGGCAGUCGACAAGACGGCCAAGGGCGCCCAGCGCGCGGAUGGCGAGGUCCACAUGACGAAUAUGGAUGUGAAUGCCUUCACACAGGAGAAGAUGCGGGGGGAGUGCUACGUCAGGCUUCUGGUGCAUCCGGACGCGGCUUCAGCCAAGAAGGCUGCAGUUCCGUACACGGGCGACAUGAUGAACCCGGACAUCAGCUUGGUCAUGGGUGCCAACAGGCCCAACUUGGUGGUGCCGCCCAAGGCGGCCACCUACAACGAGGAAGGCGAGCUCAUCGAGGACGACGAGUUUGCGGAUUUCGAGAAGCACGACAACGUGGCUUUCUCCUUCGUGCGGCACAAUCGCUACGAGGCCAUCGAGGCGAUCAUUCAGCAGGAGAGCGGCAUCCUGGAAGCCCGGGAUGAGUUUGGCAACAACAUGCUCCAUGUGGCUUGCCAGAACGACCACCGCCGCAUUGCCAAGCUGUUGCUGAAGAAUGGCAUCAACGUAAAUGACCAGAACCUGGCGGGCAAUACUCCCUUGCACUACUGCUUCCAGUACAACUUCCUCCACCUUUCUGACUAUCUCAUCGCGCACGGUGCAGAUGAGACGAUCGCCAACAAGAAGGGCCUGCUGCCCUCCCAGGGCACGGGAGUGGAGGGCGGUCCAGCGUGAGCCUUCGUUCAUUCGCCCUCGAAGCUCGCACGGGAGGCGGGAGACCCUCGUGCCGCGGCGCCUCGCGAAAAGUUUCACCCGUCUCACUGCGCAGUCGCCCCCUUUUAGCCGCCCGGCUGGUUUCGGUUGCAGUUGGAUUGUCGUUCGCUCU